CUUAGAACUCAUCACAACCCAUAAUCACUAGUCACUAGUAGCUCACAAGUCACAAUGGCAGGCACCAAGCUAGUAGCACUGGGUUUUGUUGUCCUCAUGAGCAUAGGAUUAGCCAAUGCCGUGAGGGUGGCGAGAUACUCUAGUGCUGAUGGAACAGGCACAGGAGGGGGAGGGGGUGGAGGAUAUGUGAAUGGUGCCGGAUCAGGGGCCGGGUCCGGCACCGGCGAAGGAGAGAGCAGUUCAAGUGGUGUCCACGCAACUGGUGGAGGGGGUGGUGGAGGUGGUGGAACUAGCCAAUAUGGUGGGUCUGGUUACGGUGGAGGGUCGGGGUCUGGGUCUGGGUCUGGGUCCGGUACAUAUAAUCAAGGACCGUAUUCUGGUUAUGGAGAAUCUUCUAGUGCUGGUGGUACAGGUGGUGGUGGAGGAGGAGGGCAAGCUGGAGGUUCUUGGGGAUCUAGUGCGCAAGGGUCUGGUAGUGGCACUGGAUCUGGUUCUAGCUACUCCAACCGGUAUUGGUAUGGACCUAGUUAUGCAGGUGCAAAUGCUAAUGGCAAUGGUGGUGGCACCGGGAGCAGUCAAAAUGGUGGGGGAGGUGGUGGCCAAGGUUCUGGAUCUGGGUACGGCAAUGCCAACCCCUGAUUACUACAUCUAAUCCAUCUGAAGUUGGAGCCCGUCAUCCUUUCUUGUUUGAAGUCGUGGGUUUGUUUUGGUUUCUUUGUAAUCUUGUUUUGCUUAUGUCAGAAUCAAACUAAUAAAGGGCCCAACUGUUCUAGUAACACUAGCAGUCUAGUUUAAGGUGCAUCUUAUAAAAAGAUGUAACCAUGUAAGUUUAUGGUUAACUGCAUGCCAGUAUGUGCAAUGCAAAGUCACAAGCAUUGAUAUAUGAGUCAUUUACCUGUCUACGGUU